GCUCAAGGGCACAUCUGUCAGCCGCACUGCUUUCCGUACGCCUCUUGCUCCGGCCGUGAAACCUCGGGUUCCGCACGGUAGCUCGCGAAUUGCUGUAUCUUUGAGUGUUCGUUCGGGUCCAUUGAUGGACCAAGUUGUAUUGCGCGAAAGCAUUAUACAGCUUCCAGUCAGCGGUGCAGUCAGGCUAACACAAUAGUCUGCCUAUUUGAUGCAGGAUCCAAACAAUUCAACGUCCGAAGAGGCGGCCAGGACUGAGAAGUACAACAUGGAACCAGCUCAGCCGGCAAAAGAGGCAGCUACACAUUACCAGAGCAACACCCAAGCCCACACGGACAAGGAGACCGCUUCCCCAAACUCGGCGCCAACCAGCUCGGAGGAAGCUUUGCGCGGGAGCAGGCACAACAAGUCCCCUGAACAGCUGCAGAAGGAAGCCACGGCCAAUAUGGGCAACUGAACCAUUUCCACUGUACUAUAUCAUUCUUACUGUACCCACAUUCUGCACGCUG